AUGCUCAGAGCCACGAUGCUGGGGAGAGGCCCUCACAAGCCCUUAGCCAUCCUCAGGCACAUGGGGCCACUCCGUGCCAUGAGGCCACAGCACUGGCACUCCCGGCAUUCCUGUGUGGAGAAACGCAGCAGCUGUGCCCGGCACCCCCUCUGGACUGGCCCAGACUCCUCAGUGGGAGGCACCCGGCAGUCUCCCAUCAACAUCCAGUGGAGAGACAGUGUGUAUGACCCACAGAUGGCACCACUCAAGGUCUCCUACGAUGCUACAUCCUGCAGGUACCUCUGGAACACCGGUUACUUCUUCCAGGUGGAGUUUGAUGAUGCCUAUGAGGAGUCAGGGAUCAGCGGUGGGCCACUGGGAAAUCACUACAGGCUGAAGCAGUUUCACUUCCACUGGGGAGCAGCGAAUGAGUGGGGCUCGGAGCACAUGGUGGAUGGUCGCGCAUACCCGGCUGAGCUCCAUUUGGUUCACUGGAAUUCCAUGAAAUAUGAAAAUUACAAGGAAGCCACCGUGGGGGAGAAUGGGCUGGCGGUGAUAGGAGUGUUUCUGAAGCUCGGGGCCAAGCAUGAGGCUUUGCAGAGGCUGGUGGAUGUCUUGCCGGAAGUGAAACACAAGGGUACACAGGUGGACGUGGGCCCUUUUGACCCUUCUUGUCUGCUGCCUGCCUGCCGGGAUUACUGGACCUACCCUGGCUCCCUUACCACCCCGCCACUGGCUGAAUCAGUCACCUGGAUUAUCCAGAAGAUGCCCAUUGAGGUGGCCCCAAGCCAGCUGUCAGCGUUCCGCACACUCUUGUUUUCUGGGCAUGGUGAGGAAGAAGAGGUGAUGGUAAACAACUACCGCCCGCUCCAGCCCCUCAUGGACCGGAAAGUCCGUUCGUCAUUCCAGGCCACUAGGGUGGGAACGAGGUCCUAA